AUGCAUAGGUACUGUAGUGUAGUGUUCAAGUUGAUUACCCACGUUUCUGAGGCAGUUGAUUGCAGUGAUGCCUAUUGUAAUCAUUUGCCUCUCGAGACAACUGCGUUUUACUCAAAAUUUCCAGGCAAGCAGUUCGAGGACGGCCGCACGCUGAGCGACUACAACAUCCAGAAGGAGUCGACUCUCCACCUGGUGCUGCGUCUGCGCGGU